CACCUGUUAAUUUAUCCACUCAGCACAAACCCAUAUUCCUCCAACAGCAGCGCAACACUCCUGAAACUCUUUGCCAGUGUUUCCACAAUAAAUGUCAACAAAUAGUUCUCCAUUCUGUUUCCUUUCUGUCUCAAACCCCUGCACAUUUAGGUUCCAAAGAAAUUCAGCUGAACACCUUGCCUUUCUCCUCCUCAUUGCAGCUCACGCUCUCUGUGUUUCUUUCCUGUUCCGCCUGCCCGGCCCCUCUUUUCCAUCCUGGAGGAAAGUUCCAGAAAACAAAAGCACAGAUUAGGUUACCUGUCAGCAUCUUCUUCUCUCUUGCAUCCUUUGUCUCCAGUUUGGUUUUCCUUCCAAAACCCUGAGCAGGCCCCCUUCCUCUCUCCUUCUCCAUCUCUUUCCCUUUCUGCUCUGUUUCUAUCGGUCCGUGUGGUGAAUAUAAAGGAGAGGGUUCCUCCUUUCUCUGGUUACUAAUUACCUAUCCUUUCAUUAUUCGUUGGUCAUUUCUCCCUCUCUAAUAAAUGAGCUACAUGGAUGGCUUAAGAUUAACAGACAGAUACACACAGAGGGUGAGAGAGAGAGAGAGAGAGAGUGAGCGUGUGAGAGAGGGAGGGAGGAAGAGAGAGCUAACCUAACAUCAGGAGAAAACUAUCUUGACAGUGUUGUGCAUGUGUAGUAAUCGCAGUUUAAUAGUUUUCCCAUUCUAAUGUGCAAAGAUGAAUUUCAAUUUAUAUGCAGGGGCACAGCAAAUGACCUUGAGUCAAACAUUUGGGAUUGUAUGACAUUCUUAGGUCAAGAUGAACAGAUAGAAUGGAAAAGCUUUCUGUGUAUGUACUAUUCCUCAGAAUUAUAUGUUCCUUUGUAAAUUUGGGGAACAUCUAAAUUAUGUCACAGUGCUAUACAGUAUGAGAUACAUAGUUAGGAAAGGUAUGUGCGUGUGUGUGUGUACAAAAAGGAAAAGAGUGGUAUGAGUAAAAGUUUGAGGCGUGUGUGUCUCUGAGCACAGAUCACUGUGUGAGUGUGAGAGAGUGUCAGGUGUGUGUUUAUUUGCUGUUUAUGAGUGUACUUAUUUUCCAGAGAAGUGGACUUUGCCCUGCUGUCCUGCUGCUUAUCUCACACAGUCAACACACUCUCUCUCUCUCUCUCACUCACUUUCUCUCUCUCUCUCUUUGACUCUUUUUCUCUCUCUUUCUCUCUCUCUCAGUUCAGUAAUGCAAUAUUGACUAAAGGACUGAACGUUACAAUAUUGCCAAAGUAUAACAUUGAAACAAGGCAUUGGGAGGACCCGUGGCAUGUAGCCAAAAUGGUGAAAAGCUAUAUGCAGCAGCACAACCUGCCUCAGAGAGAGGUGGUAGAGUCCACAGGGCUCAACCAGUCCCAUCUCUCUCAGCACCUCAACAAAGGAACUCCCAUGAAAAACCAGAAGAGGGCAGCACUGUACAGCUGGUACGUCAGGAAGCAGGGAGAAAUCAGCCAGCAAUUCACAAAUGCCAGCCGGGGAAUUCUACUGGGGGAGGAGCCAGGGGAGGAUGUGCGAAAAGGCCGGAGGAACAGGUUUAAGUGGGGUCCCGCCUCCCAGCAGAUCCUCUUCCAGGCUUAUGAGCGACAGAAAAACCCCAGCAAGGAAGAGAGAGAGGGGCUGGUGGAUGAAUGCAACAGGGCAGAGUGCCUUCAGCGGGGGGUGUCCCCUUCCCAGCUGGCUGGACUGGGCUCUAACCUGGUGACAGAGGUGCGAGUGUACAACUGGUUUGCCAACCGGCGCAAAGAGGAGGCUUUCCGACACAAGCUGGCUCUUGACACGCCGUAUAACAGCCAAACAGCAAGCUCCUCCAGCCACGCCUUACCCACAAGCCCCUCUCAUGGCAUGAAAUAUACGCAGCAAGUGGCCAAUGAGAGCCUGGGAUCAGGCCAUCAUGUGGACAGGAGUGUGGGUGGGCGUCUAGUUGGCAGCCCUGUCCAGCUAGAGCCAAGCCACACCCUUCUGGAAACACAUCACAAACCUGUGUCAGGAGGUGGCCCUCUCCCGCCUGUCAGCACGCUGACUGCGCUACACAGUCUGUCUGCCUCGCCCGCACCUCCCCAGAGCCUCAUCAUGGCCUCCCUGCCGAGUGUCAUGAGCCUCGGGGAGUCAUCGCUUCUGAUUGGUCUGGCCUCUUCUCAGCCCCAGACUGUUCCAGUCAUUAAUAACGUUGGAGGCGGUUUCACCACCCUCCAGCCAAUCUCCUUUCAGCAGCAGCUCCACACCUCGCAUCAACAGCCAAUCGCACAGCAGUUUCCAAAUCACAUGGGGCCCAGCUCCUUCAUGGCGACAAUGGCACAACUUCCAUGCCACAUGUACAGCAAAUCCGAGCUGUCCUCCUACACCCCCUCAAGUCUCCUGUCCCAGGCCAUGGUCAUCACAGAUAGCAGCAGUCUCGGAACACUCACUAGCCUAACUGCAGUCCGACAGAUUCUAUCCUCAGACCCUGAGGACCAGACAGACCCCCCCCUCCAAGAGCCCUCUCUUCACCUGCAUGCCAGCUCACCUGUGCCAGUUUCCUCUGGGAGUUUGGAACUUUACCCUCCAUCGCAGUCUAGUGAGACUCACGCACCACACCUCCUAGGUUCUCCAUCAGCAGACAUUGACCCCUACAUCCCGGCACAGAUGGUAUCAACUGCACAAUAGCCACAGUAGAGUGCGGAUCUACUAUUUCAGAGAAUGGGGGGAAAGGCCAUGAAGUGUCUAUGACACAUUUACUGGAGAAAGUGCCUAAGUGGUAUCGGAUGGGAGUAGUGGAGAGAUUCUUUGCAGAGAAAGAUAUAAAAACCCAUUUACCAAUAACUACUACCUCUGUUUCAAUCAGCCAUUACCUACAGAGAGCCGACUGCCUCGACAAGCACACAAAGCCAGGACUAAGACACUGCCAGGAGGCUUAUCAGCAGCAGCAGUCAGAGUUCUGAUUACAGUUGUGAAUGUUAUACGAAAAUAAUCACUGUAGUUCCAGUAAAGAGAAAUCUAUUAUAA